AUGAUGCAGCUUGGACAUUUAUUCGCAGGCCAAAUAGUUAUGUACAUCUCCUUCCUACUGCUUGUGGCCGUUUCUGAAAGCAGGAUCAUACCAACAGGAGUAAACUACCUUGCCAGGUCUUCUUUCCUUCGUGUGUCGGAUGCCAAGGGUGUGUUCUGCUUUCUGUUCUCGUUCUCCACAACAAUCAUUGGGUUUAUGUUGGAGACUAUGCGGUCAACAGCAAAGAUAUGUAAGAAUGAUCGGAUGAAGUACAGGGUGAUGAAGGCACAACGUGGAUUUACUUAUAUGACAUUAAUCCUGUUCAUCGACUUCCUCAGUGCAUAUAUAUUCAAGUCCUUGAACGACAGGACAACCAGCUUGCUUAUUCUUGGACUGGCCAGUCACAUAUGUUGCUCAUUUACAGCAUUUAUUGGAAUGGAUAUGCUGAACACCUUUUUCUAUCUUACCUUUGUCAUAUCGAACUUGGGAGUGCUUCUCCUUACAUAUGUUGCUGGGUUUGACCGUGCAUUCAUAGGCGUGGGCCAUUAUCUUGGGAGAUUCAGGCCUUUCUGA